AUGCCUCGUCCUCAGUCGAGGCCGGCCAUUUCCGGAUCGUUUGCGGCCAAGAAGGCCGAGAUUCUGUCGUUUCUCGAACAACCGGAGGAAGCGUACACGGACAAAUCUCCCAAAGGCACCGUUGACGCCCAGAUUCGCGAGCUCAUCGACGAGAUCAAUGCAUAUGAUGGCUUGGUCACGACCAGCAGCUGUGCGGGGAGAGUUGCGGUCUUUGUCGAAGGGCCCAAGGCAAAGGCUAAGGCUGCCGGCGGAAACAUCGUCCACGACGUGGACGUAGACGUGGGCAUGGCAGCUGUCCGAGCCAUCGACGACACAAAAGAUGCCGCGCAAAAGAUAGACCUUGUCAGGACGACGGCUUCGCCUGGUGGGAAAGGCGGUGGACACUGGCUCUAUGUCUCGCAUGAUCCUAUCUCACUCCCGGCGGAUACUGGUGCACCGCAACCGGCUCCAAGUGGCCGUGGAGCGGGCAACUUCACAAGACUAUUCAACCUCUCCUCCAACCAGGAGACCUCGUCUAACGCAUCUUUGAGCUCGGUGUUAACCUCAUCGGGACUGGCCCUCCCAAGCCCUCGCUUGAUUCAUCUCUCCUUCUCUCCUCUCAUCUUGCACAUCCUUUGUGCAACGCUGCAGCACGCACGGCCACUACUCGCCGCAGCCAUCAACGCAGGCUUCCGUGAGAGCGGGCUACAGGGUCUCCGGAUCUUGGACGACCCCGACCACGGGGUGAUGGUGGCAGUAAGAACCGCAGGCCUCGCGUUUGAGACUGUGGUUGGAGUCGCGGGCGACGCAGCGACGGACGGGAAGGAAAGCACAACGCGGCUCGUGAGUGAGGAGUAUCUCGCCCUCUGCGCCGGGGUGGUGAAUGAGAGGUUCCGCUGGAACACCGAGCGACGGGAACGCUUCAGCGCGGAGCUGAGAAGAGCCAUGGAGCGAGAAGGGCUGGCAACGACAGCGACGACGACACCUGGUAAUGGGGAUACGCACGAGUCACUGAAUGGACAUGGCUGGGAGGCCAAGGAUGACCGACGGAGGAGGAAACGCGAAGAAGGACUGCAAAGACAAAAGCGGGAGCAGAAGGCAUCGGGUUGCCUGUCGCAUGAGCAAGCCGAGCCUGCAUUAGACGAACUGGAUAGCGGGCUGGCCAUGCUGAACAUUGACUGA